AUGCUGUUCAAGUACCUGAAAGGCACACCAGGGCAGGGUCUGUUCUUCUCCAGGAAAUCUGAUCUUCUGCUUAAAGGUUUCUGUGAUGCUGACUGGGUAGCAUGUUCUGAUACAAGGAGGUCGAUUACUGGCUAUUGCAUUUUCUUGGGAGAUUUAUUGGUGUCGUGGAAGUCUAAAAAGCAGCAUACUGUUGCCAGAUCUUCGGCAAAAGCUGAGUAUAGGUCAAUGGUAGCUGCAGUUUGUGAAUUUGUCUGGCUGAAAAAUAUUUUGAACGAUUUGACUGUGGUUCAUUCCAUGCCUGCUUUGCUGUUUUGCGAUAAUCAGGCUGCAAUACAUAUCGCAAGCAACCCCGACUUUCACGAAAGGACCAAACAUAUAGAAAUUGAUUGUCACUUGGUAAGGGAUAGAGUUCAAGCUAAUAAGGUGAAGAUGCUACAUACCACUUCUCAACAGCAGCUGGCAGAUUUGCUCAUUAAACCAUUGGCUGGAAAUCGAUUCACUACUUUACUCAGCAAGAUGGGAGUGUUAAAUAUACACUUGCCAUCUUGA